AUGGCGAUCACCAUAAUACAACCGUCGCAGGCCAAGGAGCCUGUGUACAACAACUAUGGCCCCGAUUCCGCUUCAGAAUCAGACUCUGACGGUGGCGUCGACUUGGAGGGCGACAUCUCCAUGGGCCGCCCCACCAAGCGAGCACGCAGGGACGAGUCAAUCGUGACGCCUGGUCAAGUCAUAACAGAGGACCCUCAAUGGAUGCGCGGUCACGGCACAUAUACCAUACCUGAUCCUCCCCAGAUAGUGUCUUCCGUCGCUGGUACCCUGUCCAAGACGAACAAGCUGCUUUCAGUCCGUCCCCUUCGCGCUCGUUACACCCCCGAGAUUGGAGAUCUGGUCGUUGGUCGCAUCGUCGAGGUACAGGCUCGGCGGUGGCGGGUCGAUGUCGGCGCUGCUCUGCUGGCCCAGCUGCCACUUUCCGCUAUCAACCUGCCCGGAGGUAUCCAACGUCGCAGAACCGAAACCGAUGAACUACAAAUCAGAACAUUCUUCAGCGAAGGCGAGCUGCUCGUGGCCGAGGUGCAACAGCUCUACAACGAUGGAUCUGCAGUGCUGCAUACCCGAAGCUUGAAGUACGGCAAGCUGCGAAAUGGCGUAUUCAUGCAGGUCAGCGGUACCGGCGGCGGAGGCGGCGUCGUAAGAGCACGGCGCCACGCAUUUACUAUCGAGGUGGCUGGCUCAGAAGGCGGCAACGAGAAGAUGGACGUCAUUCUCGGUGUCAAUGGCUACAUCUGGAUCGCUAAGCAUAUAGAAGGGGAGGGUGCCGCGGCCGAGACAAGCGGACCCGGUAUCACGAGAAUUGAGGAGAGCGUGGGCUUGAAUGUCUACUCGAGUCAGAACGACCCCAUAUCUCUGGACACGAUGCGCGAAAUCGCUAGAAUCAGAGGCGUGAUCACGGCACUGGUUGAACACGGUCUCCGGGUGGACGAAGAAAUGGUCAUCAAAGGCUACUCGGAGGCCGUGGAGAUGGCAAGGACCGAGCAAGGUGAUGAUGUCCUGUGGCUAGGCGGAGAUAAAGGCAAGAGACUUGUCGAUGCUUUGAUUGGGCGCUGA